AUGUCUACCUACGCCCUCUCUCAGGCUCAUCGUGAGCAAAUGGAAAAAUCCCUUGUGGACUCUGAUCCAGAGAUCGCCGAGAUCAUGGAAAAAGAGAUCAAGCGUCAACGGGAAUCCAUCCUUCUCAUUGCCUCUGAGAAUGUGACCUCGCGAGCUGUCUUCGAUGCUCUGGGCUCCCCCAUGUCGAACAAGUAUUCAGAGGGAUACCCUGGAGCCCGUUACUAUGGCGGAAACCAGCACAUUGACUCCCUCGAGCUUACCUGCCAGCGCAGAGCUCUCAAGGCUUUCAACCUGGACCCCGAGAAAUGGGGAGUCAACGUCCAGUGUCUCAGUGGAAGCCCUGCCAAUCUCCAGGUCUACCAGGCCUUGAUGAGACCUCAUGACAGACUCAUGGGUUUGGACCUGCCACACGGCGGCCAUCUGAGUCACGGUUAUCAGACUCCUACUAAGAAAAUCUCUGCUGUCUCCACUUACUUUGAGACUUUCCCAUACCAGGUCAACCUCGAGACUGGCAUAAUUGACUAUGACUUGCUUGAGUCCAAUGCUAAGCUCUACAGACCAAAGUGUCUUGUUGCCGGUACUUCUGCCUACUGCCGUCUUAUCGACUAUGCCAGAAUGAGGAAGAUUGCCGACUCCGUUGGUGCCUAUCUCAUUGUCGACAUGGCUCACAUUUCCGGCCUCAUUGCUGCCGGUGUCAUUCCAUCUCCAUUUGAACACGCCGAUGUUGUUACCACCACUACCCACAAGUCUCUCCGUGGACCCCGAGGAGCCAUGAUCUUCUUCCGCAAGGGCGUUAGAAGCACCGAUAAGAACGGUAAGGAGAUCAUGUAUGACCUCGAGAACCCAAUCAACUUCUCCGUCUUCCCCGGCCAUCAGGGUGGCCCCCACAACCACACCAUCACCGCCUUGGCCGUUGCCCUCAAGCAGGUCGAUACCCCCGAGUUCAAGCAAUACCAAGAACAAGUCCUCAAGAACGCCAAGGCUGUCGAGGAAGAGCUGAAGAAACUUGGACACACACUCGUUGCUGACGGAACUGACAGCCACAUGGUCCUCCUCGACCUAAGGCCCAAGGGUCUCGAUGGUGCUCGUGUUGAAGCCGUCCUCGAGCAAAUCAACAUUACCUGCAACAAGAACUCUAUCCCAGGAGACAAGUCUGCCCUGACCCCAUGCGGUCUCAGAAUCGGCGCUCCGGCCAUGAGCUCUCGUGGUAUGGGCGAGGAAGAUUUCAAGCGCAUCACCCGCUACAUCGACACCGCCAUCAAUAUCUGCAAGGAUGUCCAGAGCAAGCUGCCCAAGGAGGCCAACAAGCUCAAGGACUUCAAGGCCAAGGUCGCCGAUGACUCCGUCAAGGAAAUUGUUGAGCUCAGAAAGGAGAUCGCCGAAUGGGCCAGCACUUUCCCUCUCCCAGUCUAA